UAUAUUUGACUUCCUAUCAUUUUGUGUCUCUUCUCAAAUUCUUUAUGCAUUUUGAUUCAAAAAGGCGAACACUUUGGAAUUUGAAUGCCUCGAGAGAACGGGGGGAGAACCGCAGCAUGAACAGUUUCCUUGGUUAAUAUACAUUUCCAAGCUUCGAACCUUGAGCCCAGUUUAAAAAAGAAAAAAGAAAAAAAAUUCAAAAAAUAUUGAAGAAAGGUGGAAGAAAAGAAGAGGAUUGAAGGAUUAGAUUUCGGUUCCGCUGAGACAGGAAAUGGGUGACUCUUCCUUUCUAGUUCAGGGCUCUUGUCAUUCCCCUGAAAUCUGCAAACGAGAUCCUGAUAAGGACAGCACAAUUACAGCAGCAUUAGGGGGAUCUAUCUCAUUUGGGAGAUUUCUAUCAGAAUCUUUAGAUUGGGGGAAAUGGUCCUCUUUCUGUCAGAAAAUGCAUUUAGAAGAAAUUGAGAAGUACUCAACUCCGGGCUCCGUUGCACAGAAAAAAGCUUAUUUUGAAGCCCAUUACAAGAAAUCUGCAGCUUUGAAGAAAUCAGCCUCAUUGCUAGAACAAUCCAAUGCCAUUGUUAGAGCUGGAAGGAUCGAUGAGUGUAACGAGGAAGUUUCGGGUAUGAAAUUGGAAUCCGAAGAGCUUAGUACUGAGGUGGCUCGGAAUGAAAUGAAUGUAAAAGAACCUGAUUUGGGUGAAGAACAAUGUGGGUUGGAAACUGAUCAUUUGCAAAAAACAACAGUUCCAGUGACUGAAGAUAAAGUUACGAUUGAGCCCUCUUGUGAUGAUAUUGAGAACCAUAACAGGGUUAUUGAUCAUAUGCAGCUUAGAACUAGCCCACCGUCGAAACAGCCACUAAAUGAAAGCUCUAUUGUCAAUCAGAAGGAUGGAGAUUCAAUUCAGAAGAAACAAAGAGUUCCUAUGUCAAAACAAAAAGCUGUUCAUAGAUCACCAAGGCUCCCACCUUCUCUUGCCCCUGCGGAAUCCACUUCUAAUAGUAAGAAGGACGAGACUAAAUCUAAUGAGAAAAUGAAAUCAACUUUGCCAUCGGUGCAUACGUCGAUCAAUUUCUUUCAAGGUCGAAAAGGAGUACCACCCAUCAAGAAUAAAACUUUGCCGGUGACCAAGAAGGUUGAAGAAUCAAAGGCUUCUAGUACUUUACUGAAAGUGAUUCGGGGCAGCACCAAUCAUCUUGCAACACCAACCAAGGCAUCUGUAAAUGGAACAUUAAACACUGCUUCCAUCACCUCCAAGCCUGAAGACUCUGAACAUAGAAGAGAGAAAACACCACUGCAUCAAAGACUUUCUGGAAGAGGAAAAGGAGAAGCAAAAUCCUAUAAAGGCUCUGUAAACUUUUCAGGAUCUUCAGGCAUUAAAGAAAGCCGAUUACAAGCUCAGACUGCACGGCCUUCUCUUAGCUUAAGAAGUGCAGAAAGGGCAGACAAACGAAAAGAGCUCUCUCGUAAUACUGAAGAUAACUUUUGUGGGAAGGAAACAGAAAAGCUUCAGCUGCAAAAAUUACCUAAGGAAAAAGCUGAAAGUGACAUUAAGAAGCUACACCAAAGACAUUGCUUCAAGGCUAGACCUCUGCCAGCAUUUUAUCACAGUGCAGAACCACCAAAGAUCGAGAUAAAGAAGGACUGAAAACCAAAGCAACCAACCGAAACAACAAAAUCGAUGCUUGGGAUCGAUGCUCAAAAUCUCUGCUCAAAAUCGAAGCUCAAGGUCGAAGCUUCGGAUCAAGGCUCGAAAUCGAAGAACGAUGCUGCAAAUCGAAGCGUCGAAUAGAAGCUCGAAAUCAAUGCUCGCAAUCGAAGCUCGAAAUGGAAAAACUAAUCGAGAAGAGGCGAGAACAAGAUUGAGAAGAGGCGGGACGAGAUUAGUUGGAGAAGGCCGAAACCAAUCUAGGGUUUGCGGUGCAGCAGAAUCCGAAAAAGAAAGGAAUCGAGAAAAGUAGGGGUGUUGUCAGCUUUUUAACCCAAGUCCAUCCAAACCCAUCUGAUUUGGGUUUCCAUAUAAACCCCCUUCUCUAUCAACUUUAUAGAUACCCAUAUCUAUAAAAAAUUUAUGAAUCAAACUUAGGAAUAGGAUACCAUUAGAAUUCUUUAUUUACAGUUUACCCUGUCAGAUCCAAUUCCUAUUCCUAAUCUAUAAAAGAGUGAAACAGACACCCCCUUAACCAAAUGAAGCCAUGCUCCAUGCUUCGUGUAUCUGCUAGUCUCCAUUCGCUAGAUUAUAUCAGUAUUUGUGGAUAUUUUGGGAAAAGUUCUGCGCCUUCUGGUUACCUUAAAAGUAUUUAUUAUCGAAAUUGGGUUACAUCGUUUAUAAGUAACAUUAUAUUCUUUUUCCCUCUUGUUCCU